AUGUAUCUGAGAAUAAUCAGGUUAAGUGUGUUGGUGGUUUCAUUGUCACUAAUAACAGUGAACAAUCCACUUCAAACACUGAUAGCGUUUGCUGGGAUUGGAUAUGUCGUGACUUAUACUUUAAUACCUAGGUUGACUAAAAGCUUCAUUAGAGUUGGUCUUAAAGGUAAGGAUCUUUCUAAACCUCCACCAGUUUAUGAAAUUGCCGAAUCAAUGGGAGCAGUAUCUGCAAUCACAUAUUUGUUUUUGAUGUUUGGACUUAUCCCAUUUAUUUUCUUCAAGUAUUUGGUAUCUUUCACAUCAUUAUCAAAUGAUGAAAGCAUUUCAGAUAAUUAUGCAACACAAUAUCAAUCAUUAGCUAAUAAUCGUUUAUUUCCUCAUAAUAAGUUAGCUGAAUACUUGAGUGCUGUUUUGUCUUUACAAAGUACUACCAUGCUUGGUUUCCUUGAUGAUUUGUUUGAUAUUAAGUGGCGUCAUAAGUUUUUCCUUCCAGCAGUGGCGUCCUUACCAUUGUUAAUUGUUUAUUAUGUUGAUUUUAGUGUGACAUCCGUUGUUGUACCAAAAUUCAUCACAAACAUAGCUGGAGGAGAGGAAUUAUUGCAAUUAUUAAAUCAAUUGAUCAUAGUAGGGAAUUACAUUGUUAGCAAAGUAUCCGGUUUAAGUUUUGGUACGCUUAACGACUAUGUAGUAACAGAAGAUUCUCCAAAACUUCUUGAUUUAGGAGUAUUUUACUAUGGCUACUUAGCUUCUGUGUCUAUUUUCACUCCAAACUCGAUCAAUAUUUUGGCUGGUGUUAAUGGUUUAGAAGUUGGUCAAUCGGUCGUUCUUGGAAUUAUUUUCCUUGCUAACGAUUUCUGUUAUCUCUUCUCUUCAAAUGUACCACAAGCUGCUUAUGAUUCACAUUUGUUUUCAGUAAUAUUCAUAAUUCCAUUCAUGGGUGUUUCUUUAGCUUUAUUACAAUACAAUUGGUUUCCUGCAAAAGUCUUUGUUGGUGAUACUUAUUGUUACUUUAGUGGUAUGUUAUUUGCUAUUGUCGGUAUUCUUGGACAUUUUUCAAAAACACUUCUUUUGUUUCUUUUACCACAAAUAGUUAACUUCAUUUACUCGGUCCCACAGUUAUUUGGAAUAGUUCCAUGUCCUCGUCAUAGACUUCCGAAAUUUAACAUAAAAGAUGGUUUAAUGUAUCCUAGUUAUGGUCAAUUACAAGAGUCAAAUUCAGUUGGUAAGAAUCUAGUAAAGUUUCUUGCUACUUUUGGUUUAAUAAGUACUAGAAGAGAUGAAAAAACUAAUGAAAUAACCGAAUUUUCAAACAUGACUAUCAUAAAUUUAGUUUUGGUUUGGUUUGGUCCACUCCGUGAGGAUACUUUAUGUACUGUAUUAUUAGCUAUUCAACUAUUCGUUGGAUUGUUUAUGAUAGGAAUAAGGCAUACAGUGGGACCUUGGUUAUUUGGAUACGAUAAUCUUAGUUGGGGAGUAAGUUGA